AGGAGGAAGGAAGGAACCGGCGAGAGGAUAGCCGAGGGUUUAAGCGACAGAGAGACGGAGAGAGAGAAGCAGAGGAAGGGCAGAGGCGGAGAAGGAAGCAGUUCGUUCCGCCGAUCCAGGACCAGGACGGAAACCGCAAGGAAACCGAUGAAAAGGAUUCCUGGGCAGGUGCUCAUAACCAAUCUUGGGUGACUCGUUUCAGAUGCUCCUUGGAGGUGAUCUCACUCCCCUAUAAAACCUCCACCGCUUUCUUCCCCUACUAUGGCUAUGGCUAUGGCAACUCCUCCUCCUCCAUCAAUCCACCCGGCUUCAGAUAAAGCUUAUAUAUGUGCCCGAUUGCCGCCUGCGAAAGCCGUCCUUUGGAGUGAGAUCAAGACAUGGUGGUGCGGAAGAGGCUGGAUUAUGGAUCUCGCGGCCACCAGGUUCCCGCCAUGCCGCGCGUCCCAAGCUCUGCUCGGGGGAAACGCUCGGCCAGGAGGAAGAAAGACGAGAUGUCCCCGUUUGAUUUGCUCGCGACCGUCGCAGGAACCCUGUUAGUGGAUCAUGAGAAUUCAUCUAAUGCUCCUGGCAUCAAUGCAGCAGCAGCUUUGACCUAUGCCAGAAAAAGGAAAUCAGUUAAAGCUGAAAAGUGUGAUGAUGUUCCGCCGCUCAAAAGCAUGGCCGUGGAGAACUGUAUAGCGGGUUCUGGUGGUGUGUGUGCCUCUCCUAGGCAACCUAACAUCUGCUUGGCAGAAAACUCGUCGACACGAAAUGGUACUGACCCAGUAUUAGAGUCACUAACCGUGAAACCAAACAUGUUGGUUAGGGACUCGGUGUUUAGUUGUACAAAGUCAUGUAACCGUGCCCAUGGUGUUGGCGGAAUUCCAGAGUGUGGAUCUUCACGGUCGCUAGAGGCUACUAAUCAAGUGCAGGUGCAGCGACCUCUGGACGGUGACACCACAGCCUUGUACAGUUUGGUUAGCUCUGUGGAUUUGGAUGGCAGGCCUCCUGCAUUGGUUAGCUCUGACAGUAGCUCAGGAGUGCCUUUGUGCAUCCAUGACAAGGACCGCAACACCUCCCACUUGUGCCAUGCUGAAGCGAGGCAUGCUGCAGAUAGAGAUGAUGACGAAAAUUCUUCCGGGUGCACUCAUCCAUGCACCGCCGGAAAUAAUAAAAGCUAUAUGCCACAGUAUGCAGGCAAUAGCAGGAUAAGGAAAAUGUUCGCCUCCAAGAUAAGGAAGGCAGCUCGUAAUAAGAUGUGUGGAGAGAUGUCCAAUAAAGGUAGCAAGCUAAAUUUAUGUGGAAAAAAGAUAUCCACCACACGCCAAAGAGUACAAAGAGCAAUGUUCAAGAGACAAAAGCCAGUGCGCCGUCAUUUUACACCAUCUUCUGCUAAAGGGAUUCUAACUGAAGCUAGCGGGGCAUCAUUUUCUGUGGAAGGUCAAAAUCCAUUAUGUGGAUCUGAGGACUACAAUGUUAAGCUAAGGAUCAAGUCAUUCACCAUCCCGGAACUGUUCAUCGAGAUCCCUGAAAAUGCAACAGUUGGUUCAUUGAAGAGAACUGUAAUGGACGUUGUUACUAGUAUAAUUGAAAGUGGCCUCCGGGUCGGUGUGCUUCUCCAAGGAAAGAGUAUUCAAGAUGACAACAAGACACUUCGUCAAGCUAGAAUUUGCCACGGAGAAAAUCUAGAAAACAUAGACUUCACACUGGAAUGUGAAGCUGGGCAAAACUCUUCCCCCGGGGUCAGAAUACCAGAGGAAAUGGAUUUUCAUGGUGCAGAUGCCAUGAAACCAUUAGCCAUGGUGAAGUGUGAAGAGCCUUUUUCUGAGGCCAAGGCCGGUUAUAACAGCCAGCAGCGCGUGCAGGCUUCUCCACACCGUGUUCAGAGCGAGCAUGGUUCUGUUCAUUCCCUUUUCGAAACGACCGCUCACGAAGCAUCUGCUAGCUCACAAGCCAUUGUUCCGGUUGCGUCUCCAAGCUCAGAGGCUCUAGCCAUUGUGCCUGUUUGCAAGUCGAAGCGGCCGGCUAUUGGGCAAAGGCGCAUAAGGAGGCCCUUCUCCUUGCCUGAGGUGGAGGCGCUAGUGGAAGCCGUCGAACAGCUUGGAACAGGAAGGUGGAGGGACGUUAAAAUGCUCGCGUUCGACAAUACUGAUCAUAGGACCUAUGUCGAUCUCAAGGACAAGUGGAAGACCCUGGUGCACACGGCGAGCAUAUCCCCGCAGCAGAGGCGGGGCGAGCCGGUGCCGCAGGGGCUGCUCGACCGCGUGCUGGCGGCGCAGGCCUACUGGUCCCAGCAGCAGCAGCAGGUGAUAUCAGGCAAGGCUUCAGGACAGGGCUGCUCCUCCAGCUGCUGAAGGAACACAUCUUGCCUUGCCUGCAUAGAGAGGAAAAAAACUGAUACUCUGUAAAAAAAAAUGUUUAAAGGAGGUUGACUAAUUUUCUGUAUUUAUUCCAAAACUCACAGGUCAUUUUAUUUUCCUCUUCUUCUUCUUCUCUGUUUGCUGCUCAGGCCAGGCGCUCUCUUUCCUCUGUCGGUUAAUAAGAGAACCUAAACGCCUGGUCUCGACGGCCCCUUUGUAAAUGAUUUUAUAAACUGUUUGGAAUGUUUCAAUAUUUACCAGAUGUUCAUAUAAAAACAGUUCACAA